GGGGUUUGAAUCUCGGUAAAAUUGAGGUAAAUAUUUUCCUUAUGUGCUAGUUACUAUUCUAAAGGUUAGUAGUUGCCCGUGAUUUACCUUCUUCGUAUUGAUCUUGGAAUGGAUUGAUGGGAUGUUGAGAGUGUAUUCAUCUUUUAUUAUAAUGAAUAUAAAAGAAGGUAUAUGCAAAGAUAUUGAUUAAUAUGUUAGAGAUAUCGUUUAUGCUAGUUUUAAGCUUUUACCCAGAUUUACUUUUAGCCCGUGAAGCUCGAGUCUGCUACGGCCACAAGCUAUCUCGAGUUAUUCAACUCUUAUCUCAAUCCCUGCUUCCUCCCCCUUUCGCCUUCCUCCUCCGUCCCUAUGCAUACCAAUCACUACUCCUCCUGCCCACUUUUCCCUCCAAGUCCACCAACCUGAGCUCUCCUCUGUGCCCCCCAAUCCAAUUUUUGCCUCUCUCCAUGCCGUCGAUUGAUAUCUGAUUGCUCCUGGGUCUCCCAGAAGCCUUAUUUGUCUUCCUGUGAUGCUUUGGUUUGGAAAGCGGAGCUCCCUGGUUUUGGCAGCGUUCCUCAAGUGCUUGAAGUAGUAGUCGCAUCGAAUUCUUCAUGGCCUCCUCGACGCCUCCCCACUACUCCAUCACCGCGGCCAAGCCGCAACACAGCGCCCACCCGACCCCCCAUAGCACUCUUCAGAAACAUCAGCAAAGUCGCCGUAGGAGCUCCCACAGGAUCCAAUCCUCCGCUUCCCUCGGUUCUUCUGCCACCAGUAGCAACGCCGUCACCAACGUCGCCGCCGCCACCAGCACCCCUAUUGCGUCUACUGCUUCGGUAAGAAGCGGCUCUGGUCCUGGCCCAUCGCCCCAUAAAAAUGGGAUCUUGGGGCGGAACCCUGAAUUUCUGCAUUACUACUCGCAGCCAGAAGCAGGUCUGACCCGUGAUUUCCGGCAGAGUCGUACCACGAAAGUCAUCUCCAAGAGGAACCUCAGCUCGCCGAAGUCCUCUCAUGGUUAUCCUCGCACAGGGUCUCCAGCCGCGGCCCGAUGCCUCACCCAAAUCCUUAGGUCUGGCCCCAGCGACCGUGCCUUAGGCAAUAUAUUGAUGGGUUUUGGACCUGAUCUCGGCAUCCCGGAGGAUUACUGUUACAUUCUACACGAGCUUGGAAAUCAAGAUAGGUGCCCCUCAAAGGCUCUUGGGUUCUUUUAUUCUUCCAUUUCCUCUAUGAGAAACCCUACUGAGCAGGGGAAGCUGCUGACUGCCGCUAUUGGUGCUCUUGGCAGAAUGGGCCGCCCUGAUCUUGCAAGGCAGAUAUUUGAUGUCGGUAUCACAUUGGGGUACGCAAACACAGUUUUUGCACACUCCGCUCUCAUCUCAGCAUAUGCUCGAAGUGGACUUGCAGCUGAAGCAGUGGACAUUCUUGAGAUGAUGAAAACAGCUGGCCUGAAACCCACCACCAUAUCCUAUAACGCCUUGAUUGAUGCCUGUGGAAAGGGUGGUGUUGAUCUCAAACUCACGCUUGGAUUCUUCCGUGAGAUGCUUCAUAGUGGGCUUUACCCUGAUAGAAAGACUUUCAACUCCCUUCUUGCUGCCUGUAGCCGUGCUGGCCAUUUGGAAGAUGCAAGGAUGGUGUUUGAUGAGAUGCUACACUUGGGAAUUGGCCAGGAUAUCUACACAUACAACACCUUCAUUGAUGCCAUUUGCAAAUGUGGUAAUAUGGAUCUUGCACUACAGGUUAUGUUCGAUAUGCCCAUAAACAAUGUAGAACCAAAUAUUGUCACCUAUAGUACUUUGAUGGAUGGUUACUCAAAACUUGAGCAGUUUGAUGAUGCAUUGAGUCUCUAUGAAAAAAUGAAAGCUUUAAAGAUUGGAUUAGAUAGGAUCUGUUACAAUACAUUGCUUUCAAUCUAUGCAAAGACUGGAAAGUAUGCAGAGAUUGCCAAAGUUUGUGAGGAGAUGGAAACUACAGGUGUUGACAAAGACAUAGUCUCUUAUAACUGUUUAAUCAAUGGGUACGGAAAGCAAGGCAGGUUUGAUAUUGUUGCUCAUUUGGUUCAGGACAUGAGAGAACGGGGUGUUACACCCACCAUACUCACCUAUUCGACUCUGAUAGAUGUUUAUUCAAAAGCUGGAAUGUAUGGGGAUGCAGCAAAUGUGUUCUUUGGAUUCAAGGAAUCAGGGUUGAAGGCAGAUGUUGUCUUGUAUAGUUCCUUCAUUGAUAUUUUAGCUAAAAAUGGAUUGGUAGACUGUUCUGUGUGGUUGCUUGAUGAGAUGAUGAGAACGGGAAUUGAGCCAAAUGUAGUUACUUACAACACUAUAAUUGAUGCCUUUGGUAAGUCUAGAAUUGUGCAUGAGGGGGAUGGUGUUGGAAAUGAGUUGGAAGGUGGGGGAGCUGGAAGCCAAAUUGUUGGUGCUUUUUGUCAUGUAACAAGGGGAAUAGGUCCUCCUGCAGUUGAAGAGUCUAGGAGAUCCGAGGAGCUGCUAUGUAUUCUAGGUUUGUUUCAGAAAAUGGUCCAGCAGGGAGUCAGGCCGAAUGUGGUGACAUUCUCUGCCAUACUCAAUGCAUGCAGCCGUUGUAACUCAUUUGAAGAUGCAUCCUUGUUACUGGAUCAGCUGCGAUUAUUUGAUAACUUUACGUAUGGUGUUGCACAUGGACUUCUCAUGGGCUCUAAAGAGGUCUGGGUUCAUGCUCAGUCACUUUUUGAUGAAUUGAGGCAGAUGGAUCCUGCAACAUCCUCUGCCUUCUAUAAUGCCUUGACUGAUAUGCUUUGGCAUUUUGGGCAGAGACGAGGAGCGCAGCAUGUUGUGACUGAAGGUGUACGACGCCAUGUUUGGGAGAACACAUGGACUGAAGAUAGUUUAGAUUUGCACCUCAUGUCUGUUGGUGCUGCCCAAGCAAUGGUUCAUGCAUGGCUCCUGACGACACAGGCCAUUGUUUUUGAAGGUCGCAAGCUGCCCGAAAUUUUAAGCAUUUUGACUGGAUGGGGAAAGCACAGCAAGGUACCUGGUGCCAGCACCCUUCGCCAUGUCAUCAAGGCGCUGCUAAAUUCAAUCGGUGCCCCUUUCCACCUGGAAAAGUUCAACAUUGGGCGCUUCGUGUCUGCAGGUGCUACCUUAGCUGCUUGGUUGAGGGAAUCUAGCACAUUAAACAUACUUCUCCUUCGCGAUGAGCGGGCACAAUCAGAUAGCUCAUCAAAUGUGCUUCCAAGGCUGCAAGCACUGCAGUUGUAGAUUCAGCUUUCUUUUAAUUUUUCUUAGUAAGUUCCUUUGGUGAUUUGUGAUUGUACAAGUUAUGCCCAAUAAAGUGGAGCCUGUGUUGGGUGUUGAUUGUUA